CUUACCCGCCUCUAAUUGGCGGAAAGCGGUCAUCAAUUCGCGCGGCUUCUUCCCCCCCUCCUUGGUGACUUCCAGUUUCAGUUUCAGACUUUGUUCCACAGACUUUCGAUUUCUUGGCAGAGCACUUCUGAAUUCUCGAGGGAAAAGAUCGUAACUUCCGAAUCUUUGGACUCGACUCCGCACCACAGUUAUCUGUAUUUCGAUUUCUUCAACAAAGGGUUCAUUCGUGAAAGGAGAAAAGAUGGUCUGCGUAAUGUGCUUGUUGCCUCUCUUCCUCGUUCCGAUCGUUAAUUUGCUGCCGCUGCUCUUCGAUUUGAUCAUGGCGAAAAUCUAUGCGAUGUUCGGAUGGGAGUACAGGAAGCCGGAGAGGGCUCCUCCAGCGUGCCCUUAUAAGCCUGCCGCCAGAAAGGACGAUGGUAGCAAUGUUUUGAUGGAGAGCUUACCUGGGGAUCACCCACCUGUUCAGAAAUCUGUGGAAGUAGGAAACGGGAAGGAGGACUAAUACUUAUACUCAAGUUCAGAUAAUCUCUCCAUCUCUCUCUCAAGAAGGAUCUCCAACACCUACUACGGGAAGGAAAACUAGUGCUAUGAGGUUCCUUGCACUUUUGUUAUCGUCAUAACGAGGUAAAUGUUGUGUAAUUGAGAAUACUCGAAACUCCUGAAAUGACACAAAUUGUUUGCUGUUGUUUGUGUAAAUGGGUAUACCUCAAAUUUCUGGAAUGGAAAAUUCUGCUGCUGUUUGUGUAAUUUGAGUGAACUGUGAAAUGCAGGCUUAUAUUAUUAAGAUGAUUGGAAGCUGGUAAACAUUUACAGAACUUGUUACGUUAGCCCAGGUCAUUCAAUUUCCAUGGUACAACAGAAAGGACUAAGCUUAAGUUCUCUUAUGUUUUGUUUGUUAGAAACAAUGAUAAAUUGUUGCUGUUCUUUUUUGUUCUCUACUUCUGUUUGUCAAUCAACUUUAAGAACAAGUUCCGUGCACUGAGCUGGAAUCCAUGUACGAACCAUAUUGUUUCAUUAAUCCUUAGCAGCUCUCCUAUAGAUUUAGCUAUUGAUUGAAUGAAGUCCUCCCUUUAGAUACCAAGCUCUGAUCUACAGGUUUUUUACUGUCUUAUUUUACUAUCACUGGUUUUAAUCCAGCCGAAGUUCCUUGCUGGCCGCCUACUGGGCCAAGACCUACACCAGUUGAUUGCUACUCUCUAUAUAGAAUCCUUUAUUCACUAUUAGGCAUUUUGAAGCUUUUAGAAACCGUGGUUUUGGCUUAAUUAAUUAGCAUGUUUCUUACUAUUAGCAGUCGCUUUCUCUUGGCCAUUUGUUAUAUAUUUCCCACACCAUAUACCGCCACCGGCCAAAACAAGAACCUACCUGUCCAAAGCACAACCCAUUCAUUUCUCUAUUCAUUACUUGACUACGACUGCUAUGGCUGCUUUUGUUUAUAUAGUCUUUUCUAGUUCUUAUUGUAUGACUCAUGUAGGCUGCCUGCGAUGUUGUCUGUCUGCUAGGGUGGCUAUACGGUCCGGUUAAACUGGACCAAAUUGAUCCGGUCCCAGUCCGGUCUUUUCGGGAAUAUAAAGACAAAAAAUUGGAUUGGAUACAGUCCGGUUUUGAUCCGGUCCGGUCCCAAUUUUAUCUUGAUUUUAGGUGUUGGGGGUCUCUUAUCCGGUUUUUUACCUCAAAUCUAAACCCGAAUAUGAGAUUGCAUUGUUUGCUAUCCGGUCCCAGUCCGGGUUAUACAGUCCGGUUUCGGGUAAAACCAAACAGUCCGGGACCAAAUAACUAGCCCUACUGUCUGCUUUAGAAAAGAAGAAGAUAUUUUACUCGUACCGGUUGGUUCGGUUUAACACGAUGUGGUAAACAUACCCACCAUUAAUCGUGGCUUAUAACCAGUCAGCUAAGGAUAUUACAAAACAGUAUUUGGAUCGGAUCAUAAACGUUUAUGGAAUCG